AUGAAGUUAAUAGCUGAAACUAGAUUAUCAGCAGCUAAGCCUGCAAUUACUCCUAUAGAUACUAACUUAAAGUUGACUAGUAAGGAGUAUGAUGAGCAUGGAAGACUAGAUGACGAAACUUGUUCAAAGAAAGCUGGAAAGAAUACAUCUCACAUGAAAUCUGCUAGUCGAAUCACCAGGUAUCUAAAGAAUCAGCCUGGGCAAGGAAUUCUAUUAUCUAGCAAGAACAGUCCUGUAUUGACUGCUUAUUGUGAUGUUGAUUGGGCAUCAUGUCCUAUAUCCAGAAGAUCUGUCACUGGAUAUCUUGUCAAACUAGGAGAUUCUUUGAUCACUUGGAAAUCAAAGAAAUAA